ACAUGGCAGGUGCAGGAAGCAGGUAACAAUCUUGAGUUACUUGAGUCAAAUCCAAGGCUCAAAGUUCCCAAAUUUCCCAAGAAGGCAGUGAUAGAGGCCACAACCCAAAGGUCAUCUCUCAAGCUAUCAAAAACUGCAGGAUUAAGCCAAAAUGACAACUGCUCAAUUUGACUGUCAAUACUGCACAACAUCACUUCUUGGGAAGAAGUAUGUAUUAAAGGAUGACAAUCCAUACUGCAUUUCAUGUUAUGAUCAUGUCUUUUGUAACUAUUGUGAGGAGUGCAAAGAAGCAAUUGAAUCAAAUUCCAAGGAUCUUUGUUACAAAGGCCGGCACUGGCAUGAGAGAUGCUUCAAUUGUGCCAAAUGUAAUCACUCUCUGGUGGAAAAGCCUUUUGUUGCCAAGGAUGAGCGCCUGCUGUGCUCUGAGUGUUAUUCUAACGAGUGCUCCUCCAAGUGCUUCCACUGCAAGAAGACCAUCAUGCCUGGUUCCCGCAAAAUGGAAUUUAAAGGCAAUUACUGGCAUGAAACCUGCUUUGUGUGUGAGCAUUGCCGACAGCCGAUGGGAACUAAACCUUUGAUUUCCAAAGACAGUGGCUAUUAUUGUGUGCCGUGUUUUCAGAAGGAGUUUGCUCACUACUGCAGCUUUUGUAAGAAGGUGAUAACUUCAGGUGGGGUAACGUUCCGUGGUGAGCCAUGGCACAAAGAGUGUUUCCUGUGUAGUGGCUGUAGAAAAGAGCUCUGUGAAGAAGAAUUUAUGUCCAGAGAUGAUUAUCCAUUCUGCUUGGAUUGCUACAAUCGUCUUUAUGCCAAAAAGUGUGCAGCCUGCACCAAACCCAUUACUGGUCUCAGAGGUGUCAAGUUUAUCUGCUUUCAAGACCGCCAGUGGCACAGCGAAUGCUUUAACUGUGGAAAGUGCUCAGUCUCCUUGGUGGGGGAAGGCUUCCUGACCCAUAACAAGGAAAUCUUCUGCCGCAAAUGUGCCUCCGGGGCUGAGACUGACGUUUAGAAGGAGAUAGUCCUUCCGCACCUAAAAUCCACCUUGCUUUCGUUCUCACUAAAUCCAGAACU